GUCUUCUAGUAGACGCAUGGUGCAGAUGAAGAUCAGCAGCAGAAACGGCAGCAUAAAAAAAAAACCGUCGUCAUUAUACAAAAGAUAUUUGAGAAGGGACAAUUUGAGAAUGGAUAACGCUAAUGUGGCAGCGGGGGCACCGAGAGCGGAGGUACCGGCGGAAAUAAAGAAAAUCAGGGAGAUGGCCAGGCGGGAAGUACAGAAAACCGUACGAAAAAUCCGGAAGCUUACGUACCGCAGACGCCCACCAGCCGCAUACGCGGGGGGGUAUACAUACCCAGGGGGGUAUACAUACCCGGUGGGUUAUACAUACCCUCCCCCCCCGCAGUACUAUGCCAGGAUGUACACUCCUCCGCCGGCACCGAUGUACGGUCCCCCGCAGGGACCGAUAUACGCCCCCGGCCCCAUUAACCCUUUGAGUGCUGAAUACUUUCUGCCUAUACGCUCCGCAUGGCCGGCGCGCGCCUAGCGCUGGCGAUCGCUGUGGCCGGAAUACUUUUUCACUAACAUGAACUCUGUUGAUUCACUAUUCAACAAUUACGGCUCUUCGCGAAAUAAACAGAUAAUUGUUAUAACGCACCAUAAUUUGUUUCUGUUUAUUGCCGUUAUUAAGGAACACACACGUGUUCAUCUCACAUAUAGCUACUUGUAAUAUUACUACACGGGAGAUCGAAAAAAAUGACAAACGCAUAUAUGCGCCUUUAGGCUAUGCUGAUAACUUUCACCAAGCGCAUAUAUGCGCCCAUAGUCCACACCAAUAGCUUUCGCCGGACGCAUAUAUGCGUCCAUAGCACUCAAAGGGU